UUGAUUUAUUUGCAUGCCGGUUUAUCGGUUGAGUGCCAACAAAACACGCCCUUUAAACCCCGUCUUCUUUCUCUCACUUUUUAGUACCUCAAAGCUUCUUCCUUUUUUUUUCUUUUUUCUUUUUGCUUUUCUUCUCAUGAUUUUCUCAUCUCCACUAGUGUUUUCUUGUUGAGAGGAACUUGAAGAGGGUGAGUUGAUAAAAAGUGACUUCUGUUUUGUGGGUUCUCUUUUUGUUUGAAGGUAAGCAACAGCAGCAGCCGCCACUAUUGAGCUCUGGUUUUGUUGAUUCAGAAAUCAUUUAACAACAUGAUGAAUGAAAGCAACAACUUCAACAUCAAGUAUUGUACGGAUUGCAAGACUACAAAAACUCCUUUGUGGAGAGGUGGCCCUGCUGGUCCCAAGUCACUUUGUAACGCAUGUGGGAUCAGACACAGGAAGAAAAAGAGAGUUAUUGAAAGCUUAAACAGGCGCCCUGAAAAGAGAAAAGACAAAACAUCACAUAAUAGUACAAACACAAACUCCCCCACCGCCACUACAACAACUGCUUCUGCUUCUGCUUCUGCUAAAAGUGCUUUUGCCAAAGUUGAUAACGAUGAUAGUAACAAAGAAUUGAGUGAGUCUUUCAAGAUGCGGUUAAUGGUUUUGGGCAAAGAAAUGAUGUUGCAGAGAUCACUAUCGUCACCAUCACCAUUUGUGGUGGUGAAGAAGAAGCAAAGAUGCCAAAGAAGAAGGAAGUUGAAAGAGGAAGAACAAGCAGCUUUCUCUUUGAUGGCUUUGUCUUGUGGGUUUGUCUUUGCUUAAUUAGUUAGUUCAUAAUCAACUUCCAAAUUACAACACCCUUUCACUUCACUUAUCUAGUUUAGGCCAAUUUUCUUGUUUUCCCCUUGUUAGUGGUCAUAGUUGUUUUGAAGAUAGAAUGAAGUUUAGAGCAACAUUGAGUGAAGUGAUGAUGAUGAUGAUGAUGAUCCAGGACUAGGUCCUGUGUUUUUGAUGUCAUCUCAAUCAAUAUUUGUAAAUAUUAGUUUGGUAAGUAUGAAACAAAGUAUAUGUUAAAUCUUAAAUCUCCCAUUUUGUAGCAUCGGACAAACACUUACGAGAUUCAUCAGCUUCUGGGGUUGUAUCCUGCAACAGUGCGAGGUCCAAGGA